AACGCACUCCGCUAAUAAGCGUAAAUUAUUUGCGCACAUCACCGGCCCAUCAGCAUUGAACAACAUCUCUACUUUCGCCGCUGUGUUGUUGCCGUCACGACAAUCGCCGGGCCAUGCUAAGCUAGCUAACUGUUCUUACAAAUAAUCAACCUUUAGUUCGGUAAAAACCGCGCGUAAACACGGACGUACCACCGCAACGGUUUGACAUUUCACCGCGCAAACCGGCAUAUAUAUUCGUUUGUUUUUCUUUUUUAAUUUGGCAGUGACAUUUUCUUUUUUUAUUUCCCACUUUUUUUUUAAAUCAGUGAUGUGGAUUUAGUUUCGUAACUGUACAUCGGUGUUCUAUUUUUGAGUGUAAACUUCACCUUUUGGACAAUGUUCCAAUACGAAUAUGAGAAGCGGCCGCCCUCCUCCUCGUCUUGCGUUAGUCAAACAACCACGUUGACCAGCUGGGAUCCGCCUACCGCCACCAGCCGCCCGCCGCUACCGCCUAGGCCGCAGCAGUACCAGAGGAUACCUAGCAAAACCACUGUCCCACUGAAGGUGUGGAUCAUAGCCAGUGCUUCUUGUUUCGCGGUGUGCGCUGCGCUUGUCCUGGCUACAGUAGUAAUUACCAAAUGGGGCUCCCCCAACGAAUACACCAGGCAAAUACUCGAGGACCAGGACCCAGUCUAUUCAAAUCCUCAUCCAAUAUACUUCACGCAUAAACCAGACCACGUUGAAGACGACACAACAACUAGCAGCAACGAAAUAGACACAGACAUGGAAAUCAUAGAGAAGCUGUCUAUAUUCAAGAACGUCGUCGCUCAAAGGGCGAAUACAAAGAAAGAUUUAGUGUCUAAACCUCAGAUACAUCCUUUACAUGACACUACAAUAGAACAUGCUAAAAGAAAGAUCGAGAAGAAGGACCAGGCGAAGUAUCCAGAACAUCUACCCAAACUCAACGCUGACAACACCAAAAGACCUAUCCCUGCGUUUAAACCAACUCUUCCCGACGUUUUCAUCCAAGGAGAAGUCAAACUACCCGAUGGAUAUUUUCUUGGUCUGAGGAAACCAAGCCAAGAUUACGAAGAGUAUUACAGCGACGACAAUCUUUAUGAAGACUACAUGCAGAGCAAUACCAUGACAAACUAUUUGAUUGAGAAAGUGCAAGAGCUCCACGAUUGGAUAAACUCCGAUCCUGAUUUCGAAACUGUGAAGAACACAUCGAGGAUUGCCCGGAAUAGUAGCGAUUUCACUGAAAUAUUGAAGGCUCUAAAUCAGAGUUUGGUACAAGGAGAUGUUACUAUAGUGAUGAGCAAGCUCAGAGACUUGUAUCUUGGCGAUGUUAAUGCCACAACGAGUCAUCCUAGGAAGAUGAUCGCAAGCAACAGUACGGAUCUAUUGUCGUUUGGCAUUUUGACCCUGGACAUAAUGCUGUUGCAUAACAUACAACUGAUGGCGUGGGAGAAUCAGGAAUCAGCCCGCGCUAAAAUGUUGAAGGAUCCGGAUGUGUUCGCCUUCAAUGCUCUGUUCAUGGACCCGAGUAAAGUUGCAGCGAGUCAGAACGUGGUCAGCCGGCAAGGAGUACCAGCGUUAACCUCAAAACGCCAGAACCUCCGCCAGGGUACCGAGGAGUCGGACCUCGGUAGCAGCUUGCUGGACAACUUCCUCGAGAUCGGUGUCAGCACCACCCGGGCCGCCAUCAACUUGGGACGAGCUUACAAGAACACCAAGGCUAUCUUAAACCAGCUGUCCAACCGCGAUUCCCCACCCUCCAAUGUGCACAGCCAACUCUCCAGGAACAUUGAUGGCAGCGCGGUCGCUUUGAACCACCUGCAGUCUUCGUUCGGAGGUGGAGUUGUCAACGGCACCUAUUAUACCGAGCUGGAUUGCCUCUGGCUUCUGUACUGUAGGAAUCUUGUUGCUACUACCAAAUUGGAUGCUCCGUAUGGGACCAUGGCAAGGAUUAAUAGCGUGGCGUUACGUCUGGUGGCUGGGGAGAUGCCAGCUGACAGCGCGCUGCACGUUGCUCUAUUGGACGCACUGGGCGGCUGGACCGAUCUGCGAUGCGACCAAAUGUUCCCCAGAUGCAGUAAAGUGAAUGCGUCAUCAGUAGUGCUGAAUACGAUACUCCAGCCUUCAAACAAGUCAUAGUAUUGAAAUAAAAAAAAAUAAGAAUUCCACCCUCGACCGCUAUUCGCAAUGAGGAUCCGUAACGAUUUUAGUUGAGAAUGUAGAUUUAUAGAGCUAAGGGUUCCAUAAAAUACAGUGGUUAAACUUCCGUUCUACAACAAAUAUUGACGAAAUUAUGACCAAAUUACUAAACGAAUUUUCGACUGGCCGCGUGGUGACUGUGACGUCACAGAGCUCCAGCGAUCUGGCGCGAGCGAACGUAGAGACGUUACUAAAGUUCGACCGGAGUGAACCACGAUCGAGCUCUGUGACGUCACACGUUUCGGCCGCCGGUGAAUAUUGGCUACCAUAAAAUUAGUUAUGAAAUCGCAACGAAUGAACCGAUUUCGAUGAUUUAAAAAUAUUAGUGAUUUUUAGUAGAUUUGCUGAUCUAGUAGUGGUCCUCAUUGUUAAUACUUUGAUGCAGUCACUUCAAGUUUGCUAUUUGCAAACUUGAUAUCAGUCUGUCCUUUUCAUUCCUUACAAAGCAUGAUACCACAAAAUUCUAUUUGGUGAUGAUACAGACAGACUCUUGUCAAGUUAACAAAUAGCAAAUGCGAAUAGCCAAGUUAAGUGCCGUGAUGGAAGGCUUUUAUUGCGUUAAAUCGUUGCAUUUCUAAUCCCUUAAUAAUAAAAGGGAAAAUUGGUGUGCACAGACCACACAUCUGAAGCGAAACUUCUUUUCUUAAAUAAUCUAACAAUAUUAGGCGCAGGCGCGGUCGCAGCCUGAAAUUUUGGAGGGGGUCACUCAUUACACUAAUAAAAAAAACCGGCCAAGAGCGAGUCGAACUCGCGCACCGAGGGUUCCGUAUACACCUGAAUUUUCAAAAAUAUUUUUUAUUAUAUUAUGAUGUAACUAAAAAACUAAAGUUCACGGUUUUCGCAAUUUUUUCUUUAUCUGUAGGUACUAUAAGUCGUUACUUUGUACCAAAUGUCAAGAAUGACCUUAGAUUUUGGGGGGGGGCAUGUCCCCUAUGACCCCCCCCCCCCCUUCGGACCGCGCCUGAUUAGGCGGUGCAUAAGGCGUAGGGGAAUGGAGUAGCACACGCAUCACUCAUAUAUAUACAGGGCGUACACGGCAAUCUCACACAGACGGAAAGUAUAUUAAAUAUUGAAGAUAGGAUAUUUUACUGAAAGAAGACAUCAUUUUAUUUUUAAUAAUACCUAGAAUUGCAAACACAGUUUUUUUUUUAAAUCGCCUGUUACAACUGGGAAUCAAACUCGUGAAAGUUCGAAAAAAAACACGACAUAUUUUAUGAUUAAUCCUUUCGAUGGUUAUCAUAAAAUAUGUCGUGCUUUUUUGUUAAGUUGUCUUUUUAAAAAUAAAAUGAUGUCCUCUCUCAGUAAAAUACAGUAGUAAUAAAUUAUUUUUAGUUUAUUUUUUAUUGCACUUUCUGUUUCCCGCUAAGUUUUGAAUCUCCGGCACCACCUAGGUUGGCUGGAAGAGAUCUCUUUUAGAGAUAAGCCCAUCUUUGCUUACUAUGUAUUUGACUAUAUGUUUUAACUAUAUGAUGCAAUAAAGAGUAUAAUAAAAUAUCCUAUCUUCAAUAUUUAAUAUACUUUCCCUCCGUGUGAGGUAGCCGUGGGACGCCCUGUAUAUAGUCGUGUAUAGACGAUGGUGACGUGUUUCCGAUCCAUCUUUUCCAUAGGAUUUUUCCAUUUGCACCCCGAAAAGAAGUUUCACUUAAAAAGCAAGUGUUACUUAACUGUUGCCUUUAAUUUUGGGUUCUGAGUAUCAUGCCAGAAUCAGCCGCUGUCUACUACACGAGUAGAAUCUGUUGUAAAGAGGCUAGGCUUAUGUUUAAUGCAACUAAAAGUACAAUUAACAGCAGAUCAAGGAUGAUAUCGACGUUAUGUUCAGCACUAUAGGUAGACCGCUUAACUGAGUCAUGAGUCAUCCCCACAGGCGAUGACUCAUGACUCAGUUAAGCGGUGGGGUAAAGAGAAGGGGCUGUGAGAGGUGCUGGCGGUUGGCACAUUCUUGUCAAAAUUACAAGCGCCCGCCGCCCGCACCUCACACGGCUAGAAUUUCCGCUUAUCAAUAUCGUAUAUGGUGGUCAUGACCCCCCCCCCCCCCUGGGCUGGGUCCAUCUGUACCCACUUCACAAUCUAUACUUCAUAAUCUGUACCCACUGUGACUUGACCACGACUAUAUGACCCCCCCCCCCUGGUGCCAAAGCUGAAUCCACCCUUGCUCGUAGCUUAUCAAUUCCGGGACUUUUGCACCCCCCCCCCCCCCCUGAAAAAAUAAAGCGAAUGAAAUGAAUGAAGAAUAGAAUUAAAACAUCAAGCAGGUGUUUGCCAUAUGCUGGCUUAUCAGUUCCCGGACAUUUGCACCCCUCGCUGAAAAAAUAACGCAUCAAAUCCAACCCCUCAUCACCCCCCAUAAUUAAAACAUUAAGCAGGUGUCGUUCGUCAUUAGUUUAUUUUAUUACGAAACUAGCACAUUAUCGGAAUUCGGGACAAUAGGAUGUAAUUACUGGACACAGGACAGCACGCAAAAUUCUGGGACAAUCCCGGAAAUCCCGGCCAUCUGGCAAUCCUACUUACGGUGCCCCUGUUCUCCCCCUCCCCCUCACCCUGUACCCCGCAGGCGAGGUCUCUUGUGUGAAUCUUGAAUCUUGUGUAUAGGUUAAGCGGUUUACCUAUACACAAGAUUCUUUGUCUUAUGCAAUUGCUGAGUUUUCUUGAUUUGCUGUUGAUAUCUAUAAGUUUUGUUAGUGUUAGGCGCCUCGCGCACAAGACGACCACGACCACGGCCAUUGGCUGCAACGACCAGAUUAAUUAUAGAAACCCUACUAACGUCGCGCACUUGGCUACAACGGCCAACUUUAGUUAACCUGGUCGUUGCGACGAAUGGUCGUGGUCGUGGCCGUCUAGUGCGCGAGGUGUCAUAAGAGCGCUUAGGUUUAUGUAGUAACGUACAGUCGAUGAAGUAGGGAGUCCGCUUUUUCUGGAGCAAAUACGUAGCGGCAAAGUUCUUAAGCAAAAUUACAGACAAAUUGCGCAAUAGUCAUGCUGAAAAGACUUCCGAUAUUUUGACUGUAGUUUAGUACACAGAAAAACCAUGGCCUAGAUUAAUACAUAGGACAUUUAAAUCUAAAGAUUUUUUAUUUAGAAAAAAAUCCACGGGCGAAUGCACUGACUAUUAUGUUACCGCGGCCCUGGUGGCCGUGUCGAAUUUUCUCUAGUAUUUCUAAGGCUGCAAGGCAAUUACUUCUAGAAAAAAAAACAUUUUUUUAAACAUCUAGCAGUUAACUGCUUAAAAUAAAAGUAAAAUUAAUAUUUCUGAUUCUUUUUUUUAAUUCUAUAAAUUCUGAAGUCCAGGUAAAAAUUAGUACCACUAAUAACCAAUGAGUUUAUUUGCAUGUAAACGGUGGGCUCAACAUUUCUUAGACUGUACUUUAAUUAGAGUUAGCUUAAUUGUUGUUUAAGUAAGAUGUUACUUUAUACGGUUUUGUUUGUAAAAGUACAUACUGAUGUCGAUUCUGACAUUAUCUCUAAACCUAAACUUAAAUUUGAUGUAUCUCUGUCAUUCUCUAUACAGAUUGAAAAGGAGAGACUGAUGUUAAAUUUAGUUUUAAGUUUAGAGAAUCAUGCCAGAAUCGACACCACUUUUACAUGUAUAUUUAUAUAGACCUAGAUAAGUUUACUUACUUACUAGUAAGGAUAAUCUUAUAGACUGAUGUUGAAUAAAAUUUUACUACAAAU